AAUUCUUUCUCUCAAACCCUAAAUCCCUAAUUAUCACGAGUGCCGAAGAUCAGUAUCGAGAAUCCCUAGAAGCGUGGUUCUCACAGUGGUAUCAGAGCCCGGUUGCAGGCACUCGUACCAGAACCAUGUCGAGACUCGAAGAGCUCGUGGCCAGCGAACUCACAAAGAUGUUGAAGUCGAAGCUGGAAGCGCUGUGGAAGAACGAGGUUGCCUCGUCCAUGACGCUGUCCGGGAACAGCACGCGGGCAGCCCCAUCCAAGGCCGCAGCCGCCGCGUCCAAGGAGCCGAUGAAGGAAGACUCACCGCCAUUGUUGAAGGCUGCCGUCGUAGACAUGGAUUUCGAAGAGUGGUUGGAACAACCUGCGUUUCCCGUCGAGCUCGAGAAGAGGAGGGAGAUCGAGGAGCAGGUCCACCAUGAGCCUUCGCCGCCGGCGCGAAUCAUGCGGGUGACGUCGCCCACUCCAGCCACGGCAAUGACAAGCGAGGCGCCGGAGAAGAAGGAGAGGGGCGACUCGUCGCCGGUGAACGAGGACAGGCGGGCGCCGCCAAAGAAGGAACCGACGACGGAGGACGAGUCGGAGAAGAAGGAUGGUGGCGGGUUGCCGCCAGAGGAGAGGACGCUGAAGCCAACCGAGGAGGCAGGGUGGCCACCGUGCCGGCGGUCUGGCGCGUCGCCGUCGCGAAAGGAAGUAAUGGAGAAGAAGGAGGAGGGCGGCGUCCCUCCACUCCUCGUCAACCCUAGGCAGGAGCUCUCUUGUUUGGGCCAAGUGGUUCAGAUUGCUUAUGGAGAAGAGUGAGGCCAAUGUGGGUAGUGUUUUAAAGAAGAUGGACUUGGCUGGUGGGCUUUCAAAGGAGCUUAGCCCAAACUCACUAAGAGAAGAGUUCUUUCACUCUUAUUUCAUGAACUUCGAAAAAGAUGGAGAAGAAUUGUUUGGCUAUGGAGAACGCGACAUGUGUCAUGUGGAGAGACAAGGGAUGAGGAAAGUGGAAGUUGCGCGAGAAGAGUUCAUGCAAGGGAUCGAGCGCAAUUGGAAACGAAGAAAGCGGAAGGUCAAGGAGGUAGAAGUCAACUACAACCUUGAGGUCAAGGUUGUUCUCAAGGGGGAUGGAUUGUCAGAAACACAUUUAUAUAUGGUUUCUAUUAUUAUAUUAGGUAGGAGAAUUAUUAUUAUGGUUAGUAGAGAUUUAGUCCAAUUAGGUUAUUCGUUAGGGU